AUGACUCACUUCUUACUAACUCCCUGCACUCUGCCUCUCACUGCCUCGAUUUCAUCUCAUCCUCUCACUACCUCGAUCUCAUCUCUUCCUCUAAUUACCUCGAUAUCAUCUCUUCCUCUCAGUAUCUCGAUCUCAUCUCUUCCUAUAUCAUCUCUUCCUCUCACUACCUCGAUCUUAUCUCUUCCUCUCACUACCUCGAUCUUAUCUCUUCCUCUCACUACCUCGAUCUUAUCUCUUCCUCUCACUUCCUCGAUCUUAUCUCUUCCUCUCACUACCUCGAUCUUAUCUCUUCCUCUCACUACCUCGAUCUUAUCUCUUCCUCUCACUACCUCGAUCUUAUCUCUUCCUCUCACGACUUCGAUAUUAUCUCUUCCUCUAUAA